AACUAUUGCUGUUACACUGAAGUUACUUUAAAAGAUGCAGCCAGGCCGAGGGUUGUGCCCGGUGUGGGGCCCUGGUGUGUCCUCUCUGCUAUAUGAUGAUAUGGUUCUGUUGACUUCAUCAUAUAAGGAGCUUUGAUGUCCACUGGGACAGUUUGAGGCUGAAUGUGAAGCAGCAGAGAUGAGGAUCAACACCUCCACGUCUGAAGACAUGGCCCGCUGCCAGAAAACAGUUCAUGACUGAGGUAGAACGGAGCAGGAGACCUGCAGGCGGAUUGGGGCAGCGUUGGCUGUAAAGCAGGAGCUGAACCAGACCUUUGUGGUAAAGAGGGAGCUGAGCCGGAAGGCGAGGCUCCAGAUUUAUCAGUCCAUUAUUGUACCGACCCUUACCUAUGGUCACAAGCUUUGAGUAGCAACUGAAAGAACGUGUUUGUGAAUACAAGCGACUGAAAUUAAACUAUAGCAAAAAUGUUUAUAUCUACCUGCCAGAGAAAAAUACUGGAAAAUGACUUGAAAAAAGACUAAAACACAACCAUGUCUAUUAUAAUGAAGCAAAGUUUUUUGUGUUAUUACCGCAUAAAUGUAUCAGGUUAUAUAAAUUAAUCAUUUCACAUUAUAGUUUCAAACAUUACAACAUUGUUAUAAUCUCAUAGUGAAACAUUUUGAGAAGGGAUAAAUCGAGGUGUACGGCUCCUUUACACUUUUUGAUCAACUUCAGACGUUGACCUGGCUGCACAGUCACAGAGGUCGGCUGUGUCAACUGUUCACCCUUCACACCUGUUAAAGGAGAAAAGCUUUGCUGCAAAAAGAAACAUUGGUGACUGGUGGUAGAUGAAGGUGAGCUGUGAAAUGGAAUAAUUGAUGGAGUGAAUGCUGAUUCAGGAAGACGGACACCGUGGAUGUCUUAAGCAGAAGUAUUUAUUAUAGAUUAUUAGAGCCUGAUAUUGAGGAGAGGUCCGGUUCGCUACACAGAUCAACAGGUUCACAGUGUUCGGUGUCCCAAGAUAGUCUGCCUAUCUCCGGUCUCUGUAGUGUAUUUAGCUUUGACUAAUGUUGUCAUCUCCCCGCGACUAUGACAGAGAGAGAGAGACUUCCGCUGCUCAAUGAUUGUUUUGGCUUGCCAUAGAUGAGAUGACCUUGCUUGGUGCCUGAGAAGACUCGUCUUAAGAGUUUCUCAGGGAGGCGAGGCCCAAAUUCCUCAACAAGCUGCUUGGAGCUUCUCCUCUUCUGCUGCAACCAACAGCAUGAUAUCAAGUCUUUUUAGCAGAGAGAUGGGAAGUUCACUUUGCAUAUAGAGGUGGACACUGACAGGCUAUAAAAGAUGUAUAGACUGGUUUAGUCAUAAAUCAUUAUGGUCUCAAUCAUCUGUAAUCUUUACCGCAGUUUCUCUGUGUUUGUAGACCUGACAUACUGUCAGAGCAGUUGUUAAAUCUGCUUUUGAUAUUUCAGCAGGUGAAAAGAAGCAGAUGUAUGAAUCCACCCACGCACACACAUACUGUAUAUAAAUGAUUAAAUGGUCUUCAUGGCCUCCCUUAAUUUUACCAGCCCUAAAACACUUAGAGACAACUUUCUCUCUCCUGGGUGAGACCUAAAUUCUGUUUUUAACAGUGAUGUCUUUAUUAUUUAUAUUCUUUCUUUCAUUCAUUGUGUUUAAUUGGUGGUCAUUGAAUCAUUAUUAUCAAUUUUAAUCUUUCAUCUUUGGUCAGUAGAAAUAUGACAGAAUAUGCUUCACGCAAACCCCUUGAAAAUAACUGAUGGAAAUAUUAUUAACCACCACUGGUGUAGGGAAAGCACAUGUAAAAACAACAACAACAAAAAGAAGAAUGAGGAAGUCUCAAACCACAACCUCAUCUGGUGCUUUCACAGAGUGUUUUUCACUGCGUACGUGCAAGUAUGGCGUCCGCCCAAUGGUCUAACUACUGAUGUGUCAUGUCAGAUGUGCUGCUGCCCCCUCUAGGUCGUUGUAAACCUCACUGCCCACUUUAACCAGUGUGCAUCUCUGGCACAGUAGUCCUCUCGCUCUAGGUUGGACAGUCUGAGGUUCACCAUACUGUCGCUGUUAUCUCCUAUUCGUCCUUGCACACUGCCAGCAUAUGCUUUAAUUGCAUCAAGGUCAAUAACCACCCCAACCAUUCGGGGCGGUGCUUUUCCUGCAGGUUGUCUGACCCAGUGCGUUCCACACUGACGGAACUCAAAUUCCGGUUCCCCGGCAGGAAAGAGCCGAGGGCUUCCUGCGGUGUUUUCAGCCCUGAAGUGGAGGGAAUGAACUCCAGAGCCUGGCCAUUCAAACCUCAAAAAAAAAAAUGUAAAUGAGGGGUCCGAAAUGUCAACGUUAUGUUUAUGUAUUUUCUUAAGUAGGAAAUCAUAAAGGAACCUACAGGGCAGACAGACAGACCACUGUAUAGAGCACACAGUUUGUCCAUCUAGAGAACACAAUUGCUUCACACCAAACAGGAGGACUGCCAGCUGGACUGAAAUUUACCCUCUGGAUAAUCUGCAGAUUUGCAUCUUGGAUUUUAACAACAAUGUCACUCAUGCGUGUUAACAAUUUCUUUAAUUGGACCAAACGUAUGCAACACCUCAUUCUAUGAAUGUAUGCCAGACUUGAAAUUUGGAAUGUGAUUUUAUUUCAUGUGGUGAAUUUGAUCCAUCUCAGUACAUAUAUGAACAGAUCAAUGCUGUUAUGUUAAAAUAUGAUUUCAUGGUAUUAUCUGACAUCCUACUCACGCUGGUCCUGUUUAUGUACCGUCACUGAAUAUGUUGCUUGUGUGUGGUCAUGAGCUCAUAUAAUUCAGCCAUGGGCCUCUCAUGGGAUGCAACAAACGGUUCAACUACAAAUGUGAUGCUUGCAUGUACAUUUGAGAAUAUCUUCUUAAGUUGUGCUGAACCUUCAAUUUGGCCAAAGCCUUCAUGUGGUUAUGUAAUGGCUGUUGCUCUAUAUUCUUUUUUUUCUUUUUUUUUAAGAAAGUGAACAAGCUUCUGCAGACAUUCAUUAAUAUCACAUCAUUUGCAGGCUGAGCUUGACCAUAUAGACAAAUCCAUUAGUUUAGGUUCACAUCAAAUUGUUGACGUAAAUUAUUGCUUUUAUAAAAGCAGUACAAAAGCAACAAUCAUUUAUUAUAUACAACGUUUCAUACAUAUAUUUGUUUUAUCACCAACAUUACGACAUUAUGUGAAAGAAUGUAUAUCAAAACAAUAAACAAACAGAUUUAUUCUACAUGGGUUCCCUGUUUCCAUAUGAAAAAAGACUACAAUCUAAAAAUGGUGAUUAAAUGGCUCUUUUUAUCCUAGGUUAACAGCAUCAGAUUAUAAAAGUUCUUAUUGCUGUAUAAUGUAUUUGUAACACUUACAUACAUGCAUGCAUUCUUUAUAUAGAAAUAAAUCUUCUCAAAACAAUUGUAAUCUUAUACUGUGCAUAUGAAAUUGUGAAUAUGCACAGCAUUAAGCCCUUUUUUCCCCCCUAAACCAAAGCUGCAGAGAUAAUCCAUAAGAGACUCAUCCCUCCUCUCUGGCAUACACGGAUCACCACAGAUCACAGUUUACACACACACACAUGCUCACAGAACAGAACAGAACAGAAGCCAAAUGAUACAGGGACAUAUAACAAAGUGAGUUAAAUCUUUUAAGAAAGGAAUUCACAGAAAGAAGGAUCUCAGGAUCUCAACAAAGGCUGUCAUCAUGAGUCUUAAACAAGCCUGCAUCUUUCUCAGAGGAGGACCAAAUAGAAAAACAAGAGCUCUUACCCAUGAUGAGAUUGAAGAGUUACGCGAAGCUUUUGUAGAGUUUGAUAAAGACAAGGACGGUUUCAUAACCUGCAAAGACUUGGGGAACCUGAUGAGAACCAUGGGUUACAUGCCAACGGAAAUGGAGCUGAUAGAACUGAGCCAGAACAUCAACAUGAACUUGGGGGGACGCGUGGACUUUGAGGAUUUUGUGGAACUAAUGACCCCAAAGCUUCUGGCUGAAACUGCAGGGAUGAUUGGUUUAAAGGAACUUAAAGACGCCUUCAGAGAGUUCGAUAUAGAUGGAGAUGGUAGCAUCACAUCCGAUGAGCUGAGACACGCCAUGGUGAAGCUGUUAGGAGAACAGACCAGCAAAAAUGAAAUCGAUGCGGUGGUCAGAGAAGCCGACAACAACGGAGAUGGAACAGUGGACUUUGAGGAGUUUGUGGGCAUGAUGUCACAGAAAUGAGGACAGCCGACUGAAUGAACGGGAAUGGAGAGGACGCAUUUUUUAUCGAAUUAUAUGCUGAUGAUAGCCUAUUUCUUAUGAAGACCUGUUCUUCUUCUUUUCCCGUAAUUUAAGAGGCAUCUGCUUCAGUACACGAUCCUCUGGAGUUUACACAGUUUAAGUGAACAAAGAAGUUGAUGAAUAUGGAAUUGUUCAAAUUGAAACGGCAGCUCUAGAUAAUUCUAACCUUUACCUUUUUGUCCUUGUUUGCCCCGAGUCUCAUAGAAACUGACCCACGGUGCAGUGAGUGUACACACAAUUUAUCAAUGUUUAAAGUGAAGGCAGCGUUUCUCUGUAUUGGUGAGGUAUUGAUGGAUACAGUUGAACUGCAGAUAGAAAGAUGGCAAAGGUUUAAUAAGAGGUGUCUGUAAUGUUUUGCUAGUAAGUACUGUAGGUUUUUUAGAAGGUGCAGUUCAGAGUCGGCAAUACGUGUGUUGUGGAGAUGCUGAAUGCGCGCGCUGCGCUGUGGGCUGGCCUUGAACAACUAAAGUAAAAUUAACUUUUGUUUAAAAGUCUUUGACACUGCCCAAAUCUGACCAACUCUUUGGUCAAGCCUCAGUUUGGGCUUCAGUGGCACACAUAUAUUAAGUAACUGAAUGUGGUCGUACGCACUUUAAUGUUUUGCAUGGGUGUUUUUACAUGUGUCUGCGAAGGAAAUUCCUAAAUAAAAAUUUCAGAAUCAUUA